GAAAGAAUAAAAAUUUAAUUCCCUAGGAGUAUAUAAAUCGAACGCCCGCUUGCUAACUUUUCAAGAGUUUCUUUCUCUCCUCCGUUCACAGUUCUCCCAACCCACAACUUUCAAUGUCUACCGCCAGCAGAAGCGCGUCACGUCAAAGACAACAGCGUCGUUCAGCAAGCCGGGAUCCUGGUAUGGCAUCCGAUGCAGAAAAUUCUCAAGGUUACGAUGGCAGCAAUACACAGCAACAGCAACAAGGUUCCAGAGGAGGACGAGGAGGAGGUAAUGACACCGACGGAGCCUCUGUUGCGUCUGAUGCACAAAGCACUGGUAGUCGUAGUCGACGUAGCAGAAGAAAUAAUCGCCAGUCGCGCAAUCAGCCUCAACCGCAACCCCAAGGAUCACGUCAGAGAUCUUCUCGACGACAAAGACCAUUGACUUCAUCGGAUUAUGAUGAUUAUGAGGAUGAUGACCACCUUGCCCCUUUUACCAGAGGCGCUGGAAAUACUACCAAUCAAUUAACAAACACAGCGGCGGGACCUGUAGCACAGCAACAACCUCCUCCUCCUCCUCCUCAGCAACAACAACAACAACAGGAUUCUGGCAAAAAAGAUGAUGCAUUAAAGCUACGUUUGGACCUAAACCUUGAUGUUGAAUUAACUCUAAAUGCUCGUGUCCAUGGCGAUGUUACCCUUGCUCUGUUGGCAUAGUUUUGCUUAUUUUCUCUUUUUAACUUAUCGAUGAAUGUAUGUAAAGUCUUCUUCUCCAUUCUCUCCCUCCUUCACCUUCUAUUACGAACAAGCAAUCUUUCCAUAAAAACAUAUUUGCCAAUCACUUGUAAUCUGUACAUUAUCACACACACACGGAGAUCAUGUAACAAAGUAGUAAGUUUGAAGUCAUUAUACAUUCUUUUGUUUCCCCCCAUCCCUCUUGCGUGUAUCUCCCAGUUAUGGUUGAUGAAUAGAUAUUUGGAGCCAUUACAACUGUAUAAGUUUCAAAAUGAUCAAAGCUGCAUGGUUCGAGAGAGG